UACAGCAGUUGGUAAAUAGCUUCCUACAUAAUGGCUGAAAAAUGCUGCAGUUUUCAUCUGUCGGCCUUUCUACAUAUUUGGAGUAUAUUAUCUUACGGCGCCACAUGUAUUUUUUUUCGAUGAUUUCAAAUUUACAGCCGGCUUUCGGUUCCCGAAAUCUUUUCAAGUGUCAUAUUGUGAGUGGAAGAAAAAUGGAUCGUAGUGCCAUUGGAAAUUCUUUGGGUAAAUCCCUAAAUUCGCCAAGAAAACGGUUGUCAAUGGUACAAUCUUUAAAGAAAAGCAGCUCUAUUCCGAGUGUGUCUGGUCGUUCGAAUCAGUCUGUUCAAGUAAUUUAUAGAAGUGCGAAUCAUGCAGUAGAAAGUUUUGGAUCGUCAUUACCUGUACUCGUAACUGAAGCUUUAACAUUUGUUGACCGUAAUGCUACAGUCAGUGUCAAUGUAUCACUGGAUGGUUGGGCAUGGUUAGUGUGUGCUCGAAGAUUACUGGUAUGGCAGUGCAAAACUACCAUCCACGAUCCCAAACAACGACGAACAUUUAACAGUCAAUGCCGUGAAUUACUUUUACCUCAAAGUGAUCUUGCGCACAAAGCUGAAUGCAUUGCAGUAUGGUUACCACCAGGUCAACAGGUACCAAGCUGCAUGGCAGUAUCACCAGAAGGAAUUGUUCGUUAUUGGGCAAGCGUGGCUCACGAAGGCUCUUCAGUAGAAACAAGUGCAGAACUUGCAGGCCAGGAAGUCGACUGCCUUACUUAUAUUCCAGGUCAUGGAUGUAUUUUAGCCACGACAACAUGUACCGUUGCACUCUUACAACCGCAAUUUGUAAACGGACGGAAUACUAUUUCGUGUAGAGUCCUUCGAACCAGUCAAGGAUGGCUAGGUGGAAUAGGUCGCAGAAUGUCGUCCCUCAUUUUUGGUGCAAUGCCUCAGUCGCCCGUUAUGGAAACGAAAUUGGUUAAAGUAACUUGUACGCCAAUGGGUGAUAGAGGGUCGCGAGUUCUGAUACUCGCAGGAUCCUCUUUACAAUAUUGGUCUUUUCCACAUAAUGAACAAGAAAAAAUGGAAUUUGAUGAAGAUAUUGGUCAUAUUGUUUCUCAAGCAUUUCAAAGAAGUUUCUGGGAAUCGACUGCAAGUAAUCCACAAAAAGUAAACACUUGGUUAAUUGACAUGCAGCCAUGUGAAGAAGGAAUAGUUCUUCUAAUGGCAGGACGUCGUGGAGAUAUACUUGAACGUUUAUAUUUCGCAUUAGGAUUAAUACCGUUAUCAGGUACAAUGUUGUCAAACAUGUUUAAAUGGUUUAUACCUAUACAAAUUGGUUAUUACUACAUGAUUCAUGAUAAUACUGAGCCAAUUUCACAGCCUUAUCGUUUCAUUCUAAGUGGAUGGGAAGCAAUUAUAUAUGAUCGAAACAGCGUAAUCGUAGUUAACACGACCUCCGAACAUGAACAGGACAAUAUCGAUUUAGUAAAAGGUGGCGAGGAUAGUAUUUUAGGAGGAGCUUUAUGUUCAGGAACUCCAGUAUUGUUCACAAAAAACAAUGGUCUCAUUACUAUCAUACCUACGGACUUUAACACACAAGAUUUUAAUACAAGUUACAUGGAUUCAAAUGUGAGCAUCGAUUAUGGUGCAGGCAAUAAUAGUUUAACCGCUGAAAACUUUUCAACUUUCACGAAUAAUGACGAUGCUCAGAUUUUCUGUAGUUCGGACGGUGCAGCGCAAUUGCGUGCAGCAUUUCUGUAUAGCCUUCGACGGAAUAAGGCUCAAUCUGAAGAAAUACUUAAUGAACUUUUCCCGCUUCAAGAAGAACCCGUGAUGGACAUUGAUGCUGUUCUAGAUACACUUGUCUUAAAAGUUGCAAAAGAUUUAAUUGACGACUAUCCAGCUAAUGAUCCACGAUGGGAGCAGCACAGAGAUCAAUCUAUGACUUUGACUAACGUUACGUCAAUGCAAAUACCGCAUCAGUUAGAAGGCAAGCAAAAAGCCUUAGAUUUUUACAUACGUUUCCUCAAAGAAUUCAACUUGUGGAACAGGUUUUGCGCAGUGUCUUACAGAGGAAUAACGAUGGCUACAUCACACGUUCUCGGCGAAUAUGCUGAGAAAGUCGUAGCUGCGAUAACCAUUUAUAAUCUGCAAAGCAGAAAUUCUGAGAUCCUGGAUACGAUAAUGGAACAGACCUUACCACCGGAAGCCUAUGUCUCAAAGGAUUUGGCAACGCGCGACAUUUUUUAUCGUGAAGUUAGUAAAGUUCAUUUACUUUUACCCACCUUAGUAAAUAGCGCUUCCGAAAUAACCCAAACGGAAAGAUCGCCGCAACAAGUAUCCCAGUACAUAAUGCAAGUCAAUUCGAUUUUAUUGGGUGUUCUACAUGAGGUAGUAAAAUACAGACAAUAUAAUGCUGAAAAUUUUGUACCAUCGAGAGGUUCAAAUGCAAUAACAGAAUAUCUUCCGUGGACUGCAGCCACUGGUAAACAUGGGUUACAUCAGUGCCUUCAUACAAUGCAAACUAUAACUUUGAAAUAUGGUGUUACUGGCACAAAUGAUUCAACAAUACGAAAUGAACUAUACGAACAAUUAGUUGGACUUAUAGAUUUAAUAUUGGAUGGAAGAAAAUGCCAUUUGGAAAGUAUACGUGGAACAGAAAAAUUUGAUAACCUCUUAAAACAGUAUGAAGCUGAGAGGACCAAUCUGAUUCAACCACUCAUAAAAGAUGAGCAGUAUGAGAAUGCUGCAAUGCUUGCUGAAAAGUAUUCAGACUUUGCAUCUCUUAUACAAAUAUGUGAACUGACAAAUAAUAAGAAUCGACUUGAUUCUUAUAUGGAGAGAUUUGCAUCACAGGACUUUGCAGGAUUUCUAUUCUCUUGGUAUGUCAAGGAUGGACGACAAGGACAAUUGAUCGAACGGUGUAGACGAGGUGGUGCUGUUGAAUUAACAGAAAGAUUAUCAGAGCAUCCAUCUCUUUCCUGGGUACAGGCUGCACUUACUGGUGAAAUACGUCUUGCCUCAAACACACUUCAUGCCUUGGCAUUUGAAGAAAGUGAAUUGGUCACUCGUAAGAAGACGAUGCUCUCUCUAUCGAAAUUAGCACUACUAGCGUCAGAUGGUCCUCUAGAGGAGACAGAGGACUGCCUCAAAAGUGUAGACCGGGAAUUGGCGUUAAUUGCACAUCAAGAGGACUUACCAGAACAAGUACUAGCAGCAUACGGUUACGAUAUUGAUAAAAUGAGAGUACUUAGUCCUACGGAGCUUAUCAUGUUGUAUACGUCUGAUGAGAAUGUUAUUGCGAAUGAGUAUGACUUUAAGAAAGCACUUGAUUUGCUUGAAUACGUUGAAGAAGAGGAGGAUAGAUCAGCAUUGAAAUUAAAAAUUUGGGCGCGCGCUGCUCGACGCAAUAAAUGGGACAACGUUGGCAACAAUCGUGAACAAGAGGUCCAGGAGACACUGUUUUUCAAAUUGAUGGACCUUACACAUUUGAUGGGUGGAGAACAUUACGAGUUCCUACCGCCUGUUAAAGAAAUCCUAAAAGAACCAGAACUGGGAAGUCUGGCAGCCUCCAGUAACUUCAAGUUUCUCAUUGAAAUUGUUUACGAAUACGCUGAUCAUAAUUAUUGAAUCACUUGAAGCUAAGAUUUGCAUUUAAUCGAUGAAUAGAGUAGGCUAUUUGUAUAUUUAAUACUUUGUAAAUGUAAUAAACGAUGUUUAAUACUUUUCAAAUACAA